GGAAUGGCCCAUCUGGCAUAGCACUUUCAUACCUUCUAGCAGGAAACUGGCCCUAUUAUAAUGGAGCAGUUCACCCUGAUGAAAUGUUAACAACACGACUUGCAAGUGCCCCUCCUGGACGUUCAAUCAUACAACAGGAUCUUCGAUUCCUCUCACAGGGGCUUGAGGGACGUUCAAACAAUCCAGUUUCUUUGCUUAUGGACACACUAAAUCACCCAUGUGCUGACUUGGGAUUGGAAUUGCCAUCUUUGUUGGAAUGGCACCAUCAUCCGGAAUGUCAGGUGGAUCACAUUGUGAUAGGAAAAGGACCACCUGGUGGAUCAUGGCAGGCAAUGGAUGGAAAUGUUUUGACAAUUAGUCUGGGAAGUUGGAUGGAACUACCUGGCAUAGAAUUUAGAGCAUGGGAAGCUGCCGAGAAUGCUGGAGUGAUCAGUUAUCGUGACAGUCGUGCAUCUGUUUCUUCAGUGGCACGUUACUACUAUGAUUAUGUGCACAAACAGAGUCUUGCCAGAUUUUUCCAGAGUGGUUGUGUUGUAACAUCUGUGCGCCCUUUGGAUACUUCACGCUCCCAGAACACAGAAACCAUUGAUCCAGAGACAGGAGUUCAGUACUCUGAGCCGCAAGCACUUUGGCAGGUGGAAGGAUUUGAUUUGUCAGACAGCAUCCCCUUCUGUUAUAUUUGCCGCAAAGUUGUGUUAGCAACAGGCUCAACAGAUGUCCCAAACAGGCUAGGCAUACCUGGAGAAUUGGCUAAUCCUACAUGGGUUCUUCAUGACCUAAGGUCGCUGGAGGCAGCAUUUGACAGACUGGUAGAUGGGGAAGAGGGAGGCAGGGAAGGAGUGCCAACCGAACCUUGCUGUGAUCCUGUUUUGAUUGUGGGUGCGGGACUGAGUGCAGCUGAUGCAGUAAUAGCUGCCAGGUUCCGGUCACUGCCUAUUUUGCAUGUCUUUAGGAAGACGGCAGCACUUGGUACUGGAAGCACCCAGCUACCAGAAAACAUGUAUCCAGAAUAUCAUAAGGUGCAUCAGAUGAUGGGCGAUGGUGGAGCCAGUUACCCGUGCUACAGAGCUCUAGCAGAACACACAGUGCUGGAAAUCUCAUCAGAUCAUAAAGUGCGUGUGAUUGGACCAGAUAACACAGUCUCUGUGCACAGGGUAUCAGUAGUAGCAAUUCUCAUAGGGUCACGCCCUGAUUUGAAUUUCCUACCUCCUGGGCUCAGUCUGGGUGUAAAGCCUUCAGAGCCAGUUGACUGUCGAUCAAACCCCAUUGCUGUAGACCCAUACACUCACAGAGUUGUCAAGGCUCCACCAGGCAUGUAUGCUUUAGGGCCACUUGCUGGUGAUAACUUUGUGAGAUUUCUCCAGGGUGGUGCUGUUGCCAUCACAAGCCACAUUAAUAAAGAAUUGCGACACUACACAGUUCUGUGAUCUGGCACUUUUGUGGCUUAACAAUGAUGAUUUUUAAGGUCUAUGUACUUCAGCAGUCCUCUCAAGGAUUGGUUGUUUGGGAUGGCAGAAAAUAUAAACAGAUGUAUUCUGUCCAGCCUUGUAUUUAUCAUCUGACAAAUUGUGUCCCAUUUCUCCAGGAAACAAGGACAAUAAAUUAGUUUCUGGCUCUUCAGAAACCAUCACUAGACAUACGCACUUCAGUAUCCAAUCUGCUGAGUGGAGUUUCUUCUUUCUCACCAAGAUUGCACUGUUCAAGUUACUAGUGCACAGUGCAACUUUCUUUUCACUGAUAUCAGCCUCGUUGUUGACAUCAUGUACUUACUAUAGUGCCAGUCGUUAAUUUCUGUUUUGUUUUUAUGAUGAUGACAGUAACUAUAAGUCAAGCAUAUGAUCACCCUGUCUGGAUGACAUUGCUUUAAAUUGGACUUAAAAUUCAGCAAUCCCUUUUUCAUGGUGCUUGAUGAUGUGAUAUUUAUCACUCCUUGUUAUACAGUAAAAUAGUAAGCACAUGCUGCUAAUUAUUAUGGCGAAAUUAACUGUUAAAAUCUUUGUGUGAGUUUAACACAUAACUCUGUACCAGUCUGAGAUGUUCAGUGAACAUUAAUGGAAGGGGAAAUAUUAGUGCAUGUUUAUUGGAUGGUAUAUGUAGAUUGUGAUAAAAUUAAUUAUUAAAGUUAUGGUCUUCUACAAUGUAACAUCAUGUAAUUUGUUGUAGUAGCAUUUUGGAUGAAUCUGCAGCUUCCAUCAUUAUGGUAGAAGCAGAAGUUUGCAGGUUGCUCCAAAACAUUGGUACCCAUCUGCCAAAGUGUGUAGCAUCAGAUCCUAAAAGACCAUAACUGUGAGACUCACUGCCUUGGAAACCUCAGCUCUAACAAAUUUAUUAUUAAAAUUUUUUAUGAACUGAACACCGAAUGAGCUGACAUUAUAGUAUGUAAAUUUACUAAUAUUAAAAUAUAAUAAUUCUGAUAUCAUCUACUGGUAAAUUUUGAUGUACCAUAAAUGGCUCUUGACAUUCGAAGCAGCAUUGCAGAUGUUGGCUGAAAGGAAGAAACAAAUCUUAGAUUAAAACUUCUGAAAUCAAAGGCAUAUAUAAAUUGAACCAGUGUCAGCUUAAGGAUUAAUGUGGUAGUAAUCACUUGAGUCUGUAACGCAUCUUCCAGAAUACCCCAUUAAGUAGGCUCUAAAGUAUGAUUAAAUUAAAUUAAUUAAAGCAGUU